UUCCUCCGUCGUCUCUCUCUCUCCGGUGCGCCGCAGCACGGACAGACAGCCGGCCGGCGAGCUCCCCCUCCCCCUCCGCGCUCUCCCUUGCGGCGGCCCAGGACGGGCUUCCUCCUUACGCCGCCUGCGCUGAUCUCCCGCGAGCUGCCGUCCUUCAUCCUCACCGGUGAGCAUCCAUCCACGUCCUCCGCCGGUCGCUCUCCUCCGCCCGUCGCGCCCUCCUCCCCUCGUCGCCCUCCUCUGCCGCUUGCCAUCCUCCGCCCCGCCCUCCUCCGGCCAUAGUCCUCCUCCUCUGCGCGCAAUCCUCCGCCCUGCCCUCCUCUGGCCGUCGCCCUCCUUCGCCCGUCGACCUCCGUCUGUCCCGCUGGUCGCCCUCCGUCUGUUGAAAUCCUUUGCAGGCAAGUAUUGGGAUCGUAUGAUAUGGCUGGUCUGAUUACCGUCCGUGCCAGUGCCGGCCCAAGACACUCGUUGUCUGUCGCUCAGACAGUUCCAAAUCGUCCGCUGCUGCAAGUAUCACAAUUGGCGACCAAGUGUACCAAACCUUCGUUUCUUUGUGCUGCUAGACUCUGCAAAGCUCGUCCCUUUGUGGUGGCUGCAAUGGAGGUCACAGCGCCUUCUGCUGGCUUUGCCAAUCGCCAACCUUCCAAAGGUGUUCUUGAGAAAUGGUGUGAUGCCAAUGCAGUAUGCUUCGAUGUCGAUAGCACAGUCUGCCUGGAUGAGGGUAUUGAUGAGCUCGCUGAUUUCUGUGGGGCUGGGAAGGCUGUUGCUGAGUGGACUGCAAAGGCAAUGACAGGAACUGUUCCAUUUGAGGAUGCACUAGCUGCCAGGCUGUCGUUAAUCAAGCCCUCUCUCUCCCAAGUUGCGGACUGUUUAGUGAAGAGGCCUCCAAGGAUUUCUCCUGGAAUUGCUGACUUGAUUAAGAAGCUUAAAGCUAAUAAUACUGAUGUAUUCCUUGUGUCAGGUGGUUUCCGACAAAUGAUCAAGCCUGUGGCAUCUGAACUUGGCAUUCCUCCUGAAAACAUCAUUGCAAACCAACUGCUUUUUGGAACAACUGGAGAGUAUGCUGGAUUUGAUCCCACUGAACCUACUUCACGAAGUGGGGGUAAAGCAUUAGCAGUACAACAAAUUAGACAGAACCAUGGUUACAAGACGCUCAUUAUGAUUGGAGAUGGUGCAACUGAUCUUGAGGCUCGGCAACCUGGAGGAGCAGACUUGUUCAUCUGUUACGCAGGUGUCCAGAUGAGAGAACCAGUUGCAGCAAAAGCAGAUUGGGUUGUCGUUGAAUUUCAAGAACUAAUUGCAGAAUUGCCGUAAUCAUCUUUCCACAUACUAGAAUCUAGCAUUGUUGCUACUGAGUGGCGUGUAAUUGUAGAUGUUAUUGAAGGCUUGAAGCUUUAGAAUUUUUCAGGCGUGAUUAUUCAAUUGUAAGUACUUUUUUUUUGUUCAAGCUUUCCUAAACCUUGCAUCCUUUUAUAAAACGAUCCUGGGCGUAAACUUGAUGCCUCUGUAUUGAAUAUUGUGAAUAAAUUAUCUCCUGGGCAAUUGCUGGAGACUUAAGUC